GAUGUGUCACAGUUGCGGUUCGUUCUUCGAUCGUGGAGUGAAUACGUAUUCUGUUUUUAUUCUGCGGUGGCUAAUACAAUCCUUGUUUCAUAAUGAACUUACAGUAAACUUUAGUUAAAUUAUCUAUUAGCUUUGGAUUUAUUGGGUUAGACAGUUGUUUAAGGUUCUGGUCAUAUAAGUUAGCAGCACAUCUAGUGAGAAACAUGUUGCUGACGGAAUUUGUACAACUUAUUUUAUUGUUUGGAUCAGGAUUAAUAUUCAUCCUGUUGAUCGUGAUCGGAAUAAUUCUUAAGGUAACUACAACACCAUUCCCACAAAUUAAUCGCCGCAAGGAGGAACAUUUUUUUGUAAACCCAACUACCAGUGAAAAUGAAAAAUUUCCUUCACUCGAAGAUCAACCAUCCCUCGAACUCAGCGUAAUCGUUCCAGCAUUUGAUGAGGAAAAUCGAUUGCCAAUCAUGCUGGAUGAAUGUCUUGAAUACCUGGAGAGCAGACACAAAUCUGAAAAGGUUUUCACCUAUGAGGUGAUCGUGGUAAGCGAUGGGAGCAGAGACAAAACUGUCGAAGUCGCUCAGAAAUAUUCGGUCAAGUACGGUUCAAACAAGGUUCGAGUGCUGGCAUUACUUGUAAAUCGAGGCAAAGGAGGUGCUGUUCGAAUGGGCAUGCUGAGUGCUCGAGGAAAGUAUCUGCUCUUUGCCGAUGCCGACGGUGCGUCAAAAUUCGCUGAUUAUGAGAAGCUUGAGCGAAGCAUGCAGACGCUUAGCACUGGCGAUCACAACCGUGAUGCCAUCUCGAUCGGUUCGCGAGCUCAUUUGGAACAGGAAGCGACGGCUAAGCGGACUCUAUUCCGUACUGUCUUGAUGCACGGAUUUCACCUCCUGGUGUGGACGUUUGCCGUGAAGAAGAUCCGAGACACGCAGUGUGGAUUUAAACUGCUGACGAGAUCGGCAGCACGGAAGGUGUUUGCCGUGAUGCAUGUGGAACGGUGGGCCUUCGACGUGGAGCUUUUGUUUAUUGCACAAUCGUACAAUAUUCCGAUUGAGGAAGUUGCCGUUAACUGGACCGAGAUUGAAGGAUCAAAACUGACGCCAUUUUGGUCCUGGCUGCAGAUGGGACGAGAUCUAAUGCUUAUCUGGUUUCGGUAUGCAAUCGGUGCUUGGCAGUUGAAAAAAGAACACGUCAACUAAUGUUGGCGUGAGCAAACUCUCCACCAGUUUAAUUAGGUUAGGCUAUGCGCAAUAUUGAUAAAGCUUCCCGGUAAGUGCUGCUUUUCGAAUGUACCAAUGUAAGUUGGGUUUAAUAAUAGUUGAUUUAACUAAAGUGAUGAAAAAAAUAAAUAUGAGAAAAUU